UCUUGGAACUUAUGCUUAUUUGCAUUUAAUGUUAAUACACAACAAUACAAGGCGGUUUUACCUGUAUAUAUGUCGUCUUAGCUUCCAUCGGGUGUCCACUCAUCCAUCUCAAAAGACUAAAAUAACAAAAUCCUUGCUGCUCCAGAGUUAUGCAGAAUGGCGAAGCAUAUAUUUCAGUUAUAUGUCUACAUCUUUACAAUACUUCAGGUUUCCUGUGAAUCUAAGAGUUGCAAUGUUUCGAAAACAACUAUGGUAGAAGUAAAACGAUGUCCAAAAACUGCUGAGGAAUGGAAUAUAGCUGCCAGUCUGAAAAACUGUUCUGCAGUUCAUCAGUCAUGUGUUCCUAGCUAUGAGUUCAAGUAUCACUGUGUUAAGAAUGGGAACUCUACUAUAUUACUAGAAGUUUGUGGCCCAGUAUGGAGAAGUGCAGGUUAUUGUGUGGAAUACAAUGAGGCUGGACACAUUCUUCAAGACAAUUAUAAUGAAAAUUGCACAAUUUUCUCAAAACCAUGUUCUAGAACAUACAUCUCGACAGAUAUUUACAAAUAUCAAGGAUGUUAUGAGCUCGUAACUUCAGAUACCCCAAUUGAUCGAGAAAAAAGGAAGCAUUCAUGGGGAGAAAGGAUCACAAUAGAUAAAAUAAUAUUGGUGGGUGUAACAAUAAUUUUGUCUUUGGUGUUGUUGGCUUUUAUUAUGUAUAAAAAACGAGCUCAUAUUGCGAGAAUUAAUAAAAAUGCCAUAAGGUUUUUAUCAGGUCCAGGACGUUACACAGAACAAGUAUAAGAUUUCACUCAGCUGUUUAUGGUAUAUAUCCGACAACUUUGUACAUAACUUUAUUUGUGAGGAAAACAGGUUUAACAGCAAUUUUGAUAUUUUUGAUUUUAAAAAAAAUAUUAUAUUUUUGUAUACAGAGUACAGCUUUUCAGAUAACUAGUAUAUGAAUUUCCUUAA